GACGUGGGCUACAAGCGCAUGCGGCUGCCCAACCUGCUGGAGCAUGAGACCAUGGCCGAGGCCAAGCAGCAGGCCAGCAGCUGGGUGCCUCUGCUCGCCAAGCAGUGCCACACCGACACCCAACUCUUCCUCUGCUCCCUCUUCGCCCCCGUCUGCCUCGACCGGCCCGUCUACCCCUGCCGCUCCCUCUGCGAGGUGGUGCGUGACUCCUGUGCCCCCGUCAUGGAGUCCUACGGCUUCCCCUGGCCCGAAAUGCUGCACUGUGGCAAGUUCCCCUCUGACCACGAGCUCUGCAUCGCCGUCCAGUUUGGGAACAGCAAGGUGACCCCACCACCAGUGUCCAAGAUCUGCACCCAGUGUGAGAUGGAGCACAAGGCGGACGGCAUGAUGGAGCAGAUGUGCUCCAGUGACUUUGGUGAGAGGAAUGCAGGCGCCUGCCCCUGCCCCCAGCUCGACAGCCUCAGCGGCAGCUUCCUGAUAAUGGGGCGCAAGGUGGGCAGCCGCCUGCUCCUCCUUGCCGUCUACCCCUGGCAGAAGCACAACAAGGAGAUGAAGUUUGCCGUCAAGUUCAUGUUCUCCUACCCCUGCCCUCUCUACCACCCCCUGCUCUAUGGGGCUGGGCAGCACUAG